AUGCGAUCGCGCGCCCCCGCCGCCCGAACCAUCGUUUUCCGCCUCCCGCGAUGUGAGAGGAGCGGCCACCGUGGAAAAGUGGGGAGGGGGGGGCAGCCGGAGCCCACGGCGGCGGUGUCGGCCCGUGAUUCGGUGAUCCCCCCACACGCGCCCGCGGCGAGGGCGAGCGAGACGCCUUUUUCCCUGGCUGGGGUCCGGUCCGUCCGGCAGCCUAACCUGACCGUCGAGGGAUUAGGACGGCUCACCGUCUCCUCUCUCAACAUCGUCAUCGAUCGUUGGGUCUGCAGCAGAGUCGCAGAAGAUACAGUCAACGAAGCACUCCAUCUCCGUUCAUGGCUUGUUGCUCGGCGGCGCAUCGGUUUGAACGGCGCCGGUUUGUUCAUACCGAUGCUCGAUCGGGCGUGUAGUACUACGUUCCCCGCCGGAUCGCUGCGCAUGUAUGGAAAGUGCCGAUGAACUAAUGUACGUAUGGAAAGUACUACUACUACUACUACUACUUUUAUAAGGAAGAUGGGCGUUUAAGCAUA